AUGCUCUCUUUCCCUUCUCUACACCGUCCACCUCCCAAACCCUCUCUUUUCUCUCUCUCCCCUCUCCGUUUACCACCUUCAAAAACUCUCCUUUUCACUCCCAAACUCAAACCCACGACCACCACAACUCUCUCUCUCCGCUUCCAAUCUUCCUCCUCCACCACCAACACCACCAAAGCUAACCCACAAAACGAAACCCGAAUGCCUUCUUCAUACCAUUUGAAAAUAGCUAUAAUUGGCUUUGGCAACUAUGGGCAAUUCCUUGCCAAGACCCUCAUUUCUCAAGGUCACACUGUCCUUGCUCACUCUAGAUCAGACCAUUCACUUGCGGCCAAAUCUCUUGGUGUCUCCUUCUUUUUGGACCCUCAUGACCUGUGUGAGCAACAUCCAGAUGUCAUUUUACUUUGCACUUCAAUAAUUUCAACCGAAAAGGUGCUAAAGUCUUUACCUUUACCAAGACUAAAGAGAAACACAUUGUUUGUUGAUGUGUUAUCUGUGAAAGAAUUUGCUAAGAAUGUAUUGCUUGAUGUAUUGCCUUAUGAUUUUGAUAUCAUCUGCAGUCACCCCAUGUUUGGUCCUCAGAGUGCAAAACAUGGGUGGGGUGGUCUUUAUUUUGUUUAUGAAAAUGUUAGGAUUGGCAAUGAGGAAAAAAGAGUUAGUAGGUGUAAAAAGUUUUUGGAAAUUUUUGAAAGAGAAGGUUGUAAAAUGGUGGAAAUGAGUUGUCAAGAACAUGAUAAGUAUGCUGCCGAAUCACAGUUUUUAACGCAUACUGUGGGCAGAGUAUUGGAGAUGUUGAAAUUGGAGUCUACGCCGAUUAAUACAAAAGGGUACGAGAGUUUGUUGGAUUUGGUGGAGAAUACCUCAGGGGAUAGUUUUGAUUUGUAUUAUGGGUUGUUUAUGUACAAUAAGAAUGUGCUCGAGAUGUUCGAGAGGUUAGACUUGGCCUUCGAGGAUUUGAGGAAGCAGCUUUUUGGAAGGUUACAUGAAGUUGUGAGGAAGCAGCUGUUUGGGAAUGCGGAGAGUGAUAAAGUUUUGCAAGGGAAUAACGGCAAUAGGCACCUGAGUGGUGCUGCUGCAUCGGCAUCUGGUUCAAAAUCUGCGAGAUUUCAGGUCUCUGCGCAGACAUAUGAGUACAAGGCAGAGGACGCAAGCUGCUCUGGUGAUAGGGCCAAGCUCAAGAUUGCCAUUGUUGGAUUUGGCAAUUUCGGUCAGUUCCUUGCAAAAACCUUUGUUCAACAGGGUCACUCAGUUUUAGCCUAUUCUCGAGCAGACCACUCUGAUGUGGCUCAAAAGAUGGGGGUUUCUUACUUCACUAAUGCAGAUGACCUCUGUGAAGAGCAUCCAGAAGUGAUUGUUCUUUGCAGUUCAAUUCUCUCGACGGAAAAAGUUAUCAAGUCAUUGCCAGUUCAGAGAUUAAAGAGAAGUACUCUUUUUGUUGAUGUACUUUCAGUGAAAGAGUUUCCAAGGAAUCUGUUUCUUCAAAAUUUACCAUCACACUUCGAUAUUCUUUGUACCCAUCCUAUGUUUGGGCCCGAAAGUGGUAAAAAUGGGUGGAACCAGCUGGCGUUUGUUUUUGAUAAGGUCAGGAUUGGAAGUGAUGGUUCAAGAGUAUCACGAUGCAAUAGGUUUCUUGAUAUUUUUGCUCAAGAAGGAUGCAGAAUGGUGGAGAUGUCCUGUGCAGAACAUGAUUGGCAUGCUGCGGGAUCGCAGUUCAUUACACACACCAUGGGACGGGUUUUGGAAAAGUUGGGAUUGGAGUCAACUCCAGUUAACACAAAAGGCUAUGAAACUUUGUUGAAUUUGGUGGAAAAUACGGCUGGGGAUAGCUUUGAUCUAUACUAUGGUUUGUUCAUGUACAAUGUAAAUGCAAUGGAGCAGCUAGAGAGGUUGGAUUUGGCUUUUGAAUCAUUGAAGGAUCAACUUUUUGGACGGUUGCAUGGUGUUCUCCGGAAGCAAUUGUUUGAGAGUUCAGACAACUCUCAAGACUUGAGUGAGGAACCUCCAGCUGCAAAAUUCUCUCAAAAUAGUGCUGAGGUGUCUUCUUCUUUGGCGACUCUUAAUGUCUUACUGCAGUGGCUCGCUCUUGUUAUUGAGUGUCAUGUUGACUCAUUUGCAAAGGCAACUCGAAAAUGUAUAACAGUCACACUGUCAGAUCUUAGCUUGACAAUCAUCAUGAAGGAUAGACAUUGGAGUUUUGUGCUGCUGGGUAACUUGGCAAUUAUUGAUGAUGAGAUGAUACAUGUCUCUGAAGAUGGUUCCAUGAUGUGUAAUGUAGAUGAGGAACAAGAGUGA